AAUUCUUUAAACUUUCAUUCUCUAGAUUUCGACCAGCAUGAUUGAAAAGUUUCCUGUAYUUAUGCUGUACUUAUUCACAGCUUUACUGCUGUGUCGCUCAACAUUGUGCAAUCCUAGCACUAUAAAAGACCAUGCGAUGGUCAAUGAGGAGCUUUUGAUCCGUCGUUUUAAAGCGCAGGAUUGGAUGAGUUGUAUCCUGUCGUGUCAGGACGAUCCGAAGUGCGAAGCUUACAAUUACYAAUAUAAAGGCAGUAGUUCUUGUGAGCUGUAUCGAUUGGAUGCAAUGAAAGACCUGGUUGACAUGAAGCUUAAGUACAUGCAUGGCUUCAUCUUUCAGCAUCUCAAAAGAGACAAGAAUAAACUCUGUUAUGUUAAACCGCCAUACCAAGACAACACAAAUCUACCACAGCAAUCAAGUCAGGCUUGUAAAGCUCUGAAAAGGGAACGUCCAAAUGCUGCAUCAGGUCAGCAUUGGUUGGAUAUCGAUGCUGGCGGCCCAUUGCAGCCAUUUCCCGCUUACUGUGAUAUGGAGACAGACGGAGGAGGCUGGACGCUUGUGUGGUCUUACACUGUACACAGUAAAGACGCAUUUGCGAACAUCAUAAACUGUGUGCAUCCACAAGCCAAGAAUAUGACAAAAGCAGAGAACAAUGUCUAUGUAAGUGCACCUCAAAAUGAGACAGAUUUUAACUCCAUUGACUUUGCAAAAUGGAGUUUGAUCGGGAAUGAAUUUCUCAUUAAAUCAAAUACCAAUAAUUGGGUUUCCUGUGUUCCUGUUACUGGGGGUUUGGUGAGUAGUACCAAUGGUAAUGUUACCUGUAAAGUGGUCAAAGAAGUCAACCAAACAAGCUGCUUCGAAAUUCCAGGAGAUAUCGAAAUAACUAAUGAUGGGUUUAUUUUAGAGGGUAAGGUGAAUAAGACUCUCACCUAUUUUUAUGAUCGAGGUGCUGAUAGUUUCACAAAUUUGACCAUUCAUCCGUGCGAGGAGGAUACGACCAAUAAUCGUGGUAGUAUAUACUUAAGAUAGACAUUGUCCUUGUCUAAUUAGUCUACAAUUUCACGGAUUAACAGCCGCUCUAAUAAAACCGUGAGCACCUAAAAUAUUUCUGUAAUGUUAGAAGCGUCUUUGAUGCCUCAUGUUCUUAAACGAAAUUCAAAAAGAAAGUCAUGUUAUUUUCAACC